CAUCCCAAAGCAUUGUAAAUUCAAGAGCUUAUUCUCAAACCGUUCUGUUCUCAUAUCAAUACAACAAUGGUUUUUCGUUUACCUGGAAUCAGAAAGACAAUAUCUGUAGGAAAUCAAGCAUCUUCAAAAGCAGUUGAUGCACAAAAGGGCUAUCUUGCUGUGUACGUGGGAGAGAAAAUGAAGCGAUUUGUGAUCCCUGUAUCAUACUUGAACAAACCUUCCUUCCAAGACUUGUUAAGUAAAGCUGAGGAAGAGUUUGGAUAUGAUCAUCCAAUGGGUGGCCUCACAAUUCCUUGCAGUGAAGAUGUCUUCCAACAUAUAACUUCUUGCUUCAAUGGACAAUAAAUGUCAUUACUUUAGGGGUCUAACGUAGAUUAGUAGAGACAUUUUUGUACAAUAGGCGUCUUCUUAACUUGUAAAGAUCUCCCUUUUGUGAGAAAGAAUGAUAUUUUUGUGCAAAGAAAGUGAACUCAACUAUUCAAGUAGCUACUCAGUAUUUUUAGUUUACCAAUUUCGGUGUUCACUUCUUUCUGCAUGAACAAGGUUAAGUCCAGCUCUAAAACUAAACUUUGUUCUGUGAAAUUUGAAAGCAGGAAUAGAUCACAUGAUUUCUAGAACGGUAGAAUGGAAAGGUUUUCACUGGGACCAAAGAGGAAACAAAUUUAAUUGGGAAGUUUAGAUUAUUAAGAAAAUAUACGUUGCAAAGCAAAAUUUUAAGAAGCUAGGGCCUUAACAAAAGAGGUUGGUUAUCUGCUCAAAUGGGUGUGGUUGCAACAUAAAAUUAGACUUAUCCUCAAGGUUUAUUUUUUGCUUCAAACUUGGCCUAGUAUGAAACAGUAGCUUUAGUUCAUACCACCAGGAAUGGUAUGGAUCAUUAUCUAUAACAAUGUCGGAAUAUGUCAAAGAACGAGGUUCUUUUCAAUA